UCACUUGCUCAGACUAACCAAUCUUCUCUCUCCAGGCAGGUGACAACAAUUGGAUUAGUACUGCAGGGAACAUCCAACUCCUGUUACCUCCUGUCUGUUCUUUGAUUGUUAUUUGUUGUUUAUUUGUUUGUCUGUAUUGUGGGGUGCAAAAUGGAAGAGUCAGGGAAGGCUGAGGUAGUUGAGAGUUCUGGGGAGACACCCCAGGUCAAGCUUGAGAUGAAAGUGCAGCCURUAACACCUGUACCGCCURAYCCUUUAGAGGCUGAACUGCGRGCCCAAGAGGAGAAACUCCGCUUGCAGACCCAGGCAGUUGAGAACCUAAAGGCAGAGCUCAAGAGGAAGGAAGAGAAUGCCCAGAAAGAGGCAAGAAGAAAAGUGUUGAUUGGAGAUAUGCAGAGGAUUAUGAGCCUCGGUUUGGAGACCAGUCAUUCAGCCUUGUCAAAGAAGCUGGAUGACAUCUCUGCUCAGCUGAACAACAUUGCCAAACAGCUGCAGAUUACUCCUGUUCAGACUGUUCCCCUCUCUUCUGGCCCUUCUACAGCACCUGUCCCAAAGCCCCCACACUCCAGACCUACAUCCCCACCUCUUACACCCAAGUCACCAGCACCCUCUCAGUCCUCAGCCCCAUUUGAGCCGCAGCGGCCCAAGCUGACCCCUCCACCAAUGUUCUCAAGAGAAGAUCCUAAGGUGGAUGUGGCAGAUUGGGUAACUGCGCAGCGAACCUACCUGAGUGGGUUCAAAUGUGACGAGGAUGUGAAGGUGUCAGCCAUCCUGGCACGGCUGGAGAGGACUGCACUGAAAUGGUGCACCUCUACCUCCAACAAGCAGGGGAUGGAGAUGGUUGAUUGGGCGCAGAGGCUGGGGGUGGCUGGAUUUCUGCAGGCCCUGCAGGACCGGUUUGCAGACAAGGAGCAGGCAAGAAAGGCUGCAAAUAAAAUUUUGCGCCUGGGCCAGAAAAAGUUUGAUGGCUCCUUGUCCAAACUGUAUUCCACCUUUGAGAGUCUGACAUCAACUCCAGGGUUGGAGAUGAGUGAGCAGGAUCUGCUCAUUCAUUUCCUGAGGGCAGCGCCUGAGCAAUUCCAGCUUGCUCUCUUCUCUCGGGGCCAUAAGGACUGGAGGUCCUUUGGCAGAGCAGCCCUGGACUUGGAGUCCAAGCUCCAUGUUCAGGAAGCACCUUCUGAAGGAAGGAAGGGGCCCUCCUCCAAAGGGCGAAGGAGGAGGAAGGGCGCCCUGUUUGCUGCUGCAGCGUCUGGUUCUGAUAGUGACGCAGCAUCCCAGGGUGGGAGCCCUCCACCUGGGACUGCAUCAUCAUCAGCUGCAGAUCCUGUUCUUGCCCUGGCUGAUGCUUUGAUGGGCUUAGCAAAGGGAAAGGCCCCAGCCCAUAAAGCAUCAACCAGGUCUUUCACUUUUGAAGACUCUGAACUGGAUGAGACGUGGGAGGAGGACGAUGCUCAGACUAUUGCUGAUCUUUUCUUGUCCUUGCAGGACAAGAAGAAGCACAAGUCUGAACUCAUCCUGCUUCGACCCUACAUCUUGGGAGCCAAGAUCAAAGGGCUCUUGGAUUGUGGGGCUACUCGCAACUUCAUCUCCCCCAAGGCAGUCAGCAAACUGCACUUGGAUCAGAGGUUGGUGAAGCUGCGACAACCAUUGGAGGUCCGCAUCGGGGACUCUUCCACAGCCAGGAUUACCACUGCUGUCAAGGGCCUACCCGUGUCCUUUGACAAGCAGGGGGAAGUCAGGCAUCGCCUGAACUUCUAUGUGUUCCCUAACGUUCCCUUUGACCUUGUCUUCUCUAUGCAGUGGCUUGGUGCCACCAAUCCUAGGAUUGACUGGCAGAUUCCUAGGGUUGAGCUGCCUGACCGGCAUGGGGUCUAUCGCCCUUGCAUGCUUGCUGACGAGUACCAUCCGGCCAGCAGCUGUUAUUGUAUGAGUGCUCGCAAGUUUUUGCGAUUCUCACGCCAAACUGACCACGCUCGUCUGUUUGUGGCUUAUGUCAAACACACUGACGUGGAGACUGCUCCCUGUCCCUCUCAAAUUCAGCAGGUGGUAGACCGCUUCUCAGAUCUUAUGGAGGAGCCUACUGGACUUGUCCAUAGGCAAACCAAACAUAAGAUUGAGAUCCUGCCUGGCUCGGUCCCUCCCAAGGGCCGGGUCUACAGGAUGUCUGCUGCUGAACUUGAAGAGCUCAGGAAACAGUUAGAGACCCUGACCAGCAAGGGCUGGAUCAGGCCCAACACAUAUGAGUUUGGAGCACCAGUCCUCUUUGUUCCAAAGGGGAAUGGUGAAUUCAAGAUGUGCGUGGACUAUCGUGGUCUCAACAAGAUCACGAGGAAGUCUAUAAAGCCUCUUCCUCGUAUUGAUGACCUGUUGGAUAUGGUGCAGGGCUGUACUAUUUUCAGCAAGAUCGACCUCAAAUCUGGCUACCACCAGAUUGAGAUGGCUGAAGGCGAUGUCCACAAGACAACCUUCAAAACCAGGCACUUCAAGAUCUUCUCAGAUCACUCCACCCUUCAGUGGAUGAAGUCCCAGGGAGAGUUGAAUGACAAGCUUGCUCGCUAUAUUCAGUUCAUUGACAUGUUUGACUUUGAACUGAGACACAAGAAGGGCUGCUACAAUCGAGUAGCAGAUGCCCUUUCUCGUAGGCCUGACGCUUUCUUUCUGAUCUCCUUUACUCACUCAUUUGGAGAGAGGACACGUCAGACCAUUGCCCAGUUGCUGCCCCAGGAUGAGAUCUUUGGGCCUAUUGUGAGGAAUCUCCACGACGAUCCUGCCUCUGAACCAGGAUACUCUCUGGUCUCGGGCCUGUUGUACACGUGCAAAAGAGGUGAGGAGCGCCUGUGCAUUCCCCAGGACCGCAAGCUGAGGACACUUCUGCUCUCAGAGUGUCAUGACGCUCGUGGUCACUUUGGUGCCCUCAAAUCUUAUGCAGCCCUGUUGCAGCGCUUCUUCUGGAAGGAGAUGAGGAGUGAUAUGCUGCACUAUGUGGAAACCUAUGAGUUAUGCCAAAGGCACAAGGUGGUACGAUGAGCGCCCCUUGGCUUACUCAAACCCCUACCUAUCCCUGAUGCUCCUGCACAGUCAGUUUCUAUUGAUUUUACUGACUUGGGUAGGACUACACCACGAGGUAUGCGUCAGGUCAUGGUAUGUGUGGAUCGGUUCUCCAAAUAUGCAGAGUUCAUCCCCUUACCAGCUGAGGCUCGCGUGCCGGCCGUCCAGGCGGCGUUUGCUGACAGGUGGGUUACACACCAUGGACCACCCACCUCCAUUGUCAGUGACAGAGAUCCCCGUUUUUGCAGCAAUGAAUGGCAAUCCUACUA